AUGAUUUUAUUUUGGGGCAGGCAGAGAUUAAAGUAUCAUUGGCGGGUUAAACAUGUAAAUAUCUCUGACACGAGGCCGCCGAAGAAUGUCCUUGAAAGUGUAACAAAAACAAAACUUAAAGAAGAAGUGUUUGCACAACAAAAUUCCCGAAACAAAAAUCAGCCCUUCGCUCUUCCCGUCUCAUGUUACUCAGGAUAUUCUAAUGCUCAUACUUAA